AAGGCUGGAGUUCCCAGCAUCCUGCUCGCUCAUGUAAGGUGAUCCGGGACACAGAAGACUUCAAGGGAGAUGGGGAGUACUGGAUGGACCCCGAAAACAACGAAACCCUUGAAAGGUGUACUGUGACAUGACAACUGACGGAGGAGGUUGGCUUCUUGUCGCAAACUUAGUAACGGACGGCUCCACUUCUCCCCCAAUCAGGACCGCUGAGUCAUCAUACCGCGGAAUCAGCAACUUUGCCAACAACAAAAAGGGUAUUAUAACGACUGUCAUGAAAGAACUCAGAACACACCUGUCUUUCACUCAGCUGAGAUUCCACUGCAGCAAACAACACGGACGUACCUUCCACGUUACUUCGGCUGUCAACGCCCUCGGUGAAGCUGUGGCCAAGUACUUCAGUGGCCAGACAGACGGUGCUUCCCGUCUCAUGCGGGUCUUUUCAAAGAAUGGGGAAUGACAACUCUAAGUUGGCCAUCGAGUGUAAGGACUGGGGAUAUGAAAACAAACAGAAACAUGUGGGAAAAUGGGGACACUCUCCUAUAGAAAGAGAGUACAGAUUAUAUAUAUACACUGCAUUUGUUUCGUAUAACUAUCACUGGUUAUUUCUUGACAACUACUGGUAUUGUGAUGACGCGACAAAGGACACCAAUUCGACGGCAGGAG